UCCAGCGUCAACCUCUGCUUCUGUCCACCGGCGCUGAUUUCUAUGAAGCCUGAAUAGGCUCACGUGUUUGUUGGGAUUCGGUCAGAUCUUUUGCUGAUCGAAUAGGAAUCAUAACAAUGUCCACAACCACAAAUAUCACAAAACGAAGAAAGGAUGUUCUCCAGUUGGAUUGUGAUGUUUCUGUGGAAGUGGAGCCUUCAAAUACUCCUGUAAACACGGAUCCCAAUGCUAGCUGGGGGACGGAGCCAAACUUCAACCUCAACCUUAAUCUGAGCUCGCUGAGUAAUCCUCGCCCCACCAAAGAGACCUCAAAGAUACAUUCUGGGAGUAAAAAGGAAGAGAAAAGUAAACGAGGGGGGAACCCUGGCGAUAAGAGAGCAGUAGCUGCAGAUUUUAAUACAAUUUCAUUACCAGAUGAAAAACUAAGGAGCAAAAUCCCAACCAUUUCCAGCUCACCAACAGCUCAGAUGACUGUGAAAAACAAAUCCGACCAGCAGCUUAAAUCUCCAAACAUUAAGCAUUCUUCUACACCCGAGAUACAAAUGCAUGACAAAUCAGUACUGAGUCCCAAACCAAAAGGUGUGAAGCUGAACAGCAGCCAAAGAUCUACAGAAAAAGUCAAAACUGAAACACCUAAAGCAGAAUCUGCAACUGCGCUGACGCCUAAACCGACAACUAACUCUGCAAACAAUGUAUCCCCAAACCUUAAGGUGCAAUCAAACAGGAAAGAUGAAGCUGGAAACGAGAUUCACCACGAGACACCAUCAAAAACACUGAAGCUGCUUAAAAGCCCAAAGGGCCCCAUUCAAAAAGGAGAUGAAAGCAGUAUCAGUCCACGACCGACCUAUCGGACCCCAACAAUGAUGACCAAAACCAAGAAAACAGAUCCUAACCCUGUAAACUUGAUUACUGCUUCCGACCAAAACACUGGGGAUGACUCCAGAAGACAAGGUGUUUUCAUAACCCCAGGAAGUUCUCACAAAGAGAAAACAGAAUCAGCAUUGCUCAGGACUACCCCCCCCCAAGUAACGUCUCAGAGUCAGAAAUCAUCCACACAAAUUAAAACCACCAGGACCAGAAACAGUAUCGUAUCAGGGUCAAAGGAGAAUCUUCAUGUUAAAGAUUUAAAUGUUGCUUCUGGAUCCAAAAUCACUCUCAAAUCUAGAGCAAAGUCCAAAGCAACAAAAGGAUCCAAAGACAGCCUGGAUUCAAAAGCCAGUUCUAAAUCAAGAUCUCAUACUGGGUCCAAAGAUGCACUGGAUUGCAAAAGCAGCAGUGCCUCCAAAAGCAGUUUGGACUCUAGAGAGAGCUUGGAUUUUAAAACACUCCAGAGCUCCAAAACUAGGCCAAAGUUUAGGAUUGGUUCCAGAGACAUACAUGACCCAAAAGCACCAACGGAAACCAGGAUGAAGAAAAGCCACCAAAGUUCUGAGGAAAUUGCUGAUUCCAAAACGGUGCCAGGUUCAAACAACAACCAUGACUCCAAACUUCUUCAAAACUCUGAAGCAAGUUUUGAUCCCAAAAUCAAAACUGCCUCGGGUUCUGAUUCUAAGCCAGGCAUUACUCAGUCAAGUUCUCCUGCUACCCUGCAGGCCUCUGCUUUCAAUAUGGACCUUCUUGGACGUGUUUCCCUAUCCUCCACCUCUAGCGGAAGCAUCCAGACUGCAGGCUCUACUGUUGGGCCCAGUUUAAAUCCUAAAAAUCAGUUCGAUUUAUCAAGGUGUGGACAAGUUUGGUCCGGUUCAAAGUCAACGCUCACUGAUUUGUCCUCCGCUUUGAGGCACUCUCUGGUAUCAACUAGUCCGAAUCCAGGAUCCAGUACUGGAAAAGGCUUUGCUUCUACUUUAACUGGAUCAAACGGGGAGAACCAGAAGAGUCCAAGUUUCUCUCCAGGUAUCCUGGCCCCCUUGGCUUCUUCCAGUCCUAAAGCCAGACCUAUGGUGACCUCAAAGAUGUUGGAUGGAUUCGCAUUUACCUCUGAAGCUUCUGCAGUUAUGAAGAGAAAUCCCGGCAGUUCAUCUCAAAAUUCUAGUCUGACUCGGGGUCUUACCUUUGACUCAAUCACAAAACCAGGUACUAAUGCUGACAAGGAGCAUUCAAAAGUUGCUGAGAGUAAGGUGAAUACUCAAGGAGGGCUUGGGGAAUCCCCAGAGGCCAAGAAUGAUGGGGAUGGAUGUCUGUCAGGAGAUGAUAGGAGAAAACCGGAUAUCCUCCUGACCAAAGAUGGUCACCCUGGAGAAACAAAUAUCAUCUCAUCGCCUUGGGCAUCAAGGGAGCCAAAGCAGAAAAAGCAGGUUCGUGGAAAAAAGAAUGAAGCGAAUCCUUCAUCACCCCUUCAUCCUCUUUCUUCUUCUUCCACUCAUAUGCCAACCAAGAAGAAAGUCAAAGAGAUUGCAGUCAAAACUGAGUUGGCUCAAAGACUCCAUAAACAUCCAGGGAGGCAGAAAGAGGUGGGCGUUCAGGUGGAGGUGGAAGUGGUCGAGCGCUCUGCCUCUACAAGCCCCAGCCUCCAAUGGGGACCUCCUACUUCCUCCCUGAUUGGUUCCCCCAGCUGUCAGUCAUCGCUGAGCUGCAACCCACCCCUUAAACAUGUCUGCCAGAUUGAGAUUGAGCUAUGCAGCCAAACAAUGCUUCCCUACAAUGUUCCUGACAAGGCGGGUUCCCUCCCUGCAUGUUUGCACACUUACAGCUUACAGCAAAACCCCACCCUCAUUUUGGAGCUUGGACAAAACCACAAUCCAGAUGUGAGCACUGACAGCAUCAGGGAAGACGAAAACGAAGAUGAAGAGAAACGACAACCCAACAAAGCAGAAGAGGAUGGAUUUGAAGGGAAGACAGAAAAACCUCUGGAGGUGUUGUGGGACAAACAAGGGAUGACGUGGGAGGUUUACGGCGCCUCUGUAGACCUGGAAUCUCUGGGCACCACCAUCCAGUCCCACCUGGAGAUGAAGAUUCGGGAGCAGGAGAGACGCAACUGGAUACUUAGGAAGUCCAUCUGUUCCAACAGCAGCUUCACGCGAUACAAGCUGAAGAAGAGACGGAGAAGGUUUCUGGGUUGCUGCAUCAAGGCGUCAACUGUGGCAGACUGA